AUGACAACCAUCCUCGCACCAAGCCACCUCCUCGCCUUUUCGACACUCUUGGGCGCACAACUCCACCAAACCUUCCUCGUCACAUCGCUGAACUUCACGCACCUGCCGCGCCCGGCAUUCAAAACGCUACAGAAGGCCGCGUUUCCGGCGUAUUUCCGCGCGCAGACUGUCUUGGUGGUUCUCACGGUGGUGACGGGUCCGGCGGCCGCGGGGGGACUCUUGGGGUUGGUUGGGGAGACAGGUAGUGCGACGACAGCGAGGGCGGGGGCAACGUGGGAUUCAGCCGCGUUGGGCGUGGCGCUGGCGACAGCGUUGGCGAAUUGGCUGGUUUACUCGCCGAGGACGAUUGUCGCGAUGGAUGCGCGCACGAGGCUGGAAACUCGAGCGAGGGAGAAGGAGAAGAAGAAGCAGAUCGACCAGGGCGAGGAAUUGAAGGAUGGUGACAGCGGCGAAAAUCAGACGGAACUGCCAAUCGUCAACGCAGAGGCCAGUCCGGAACUCAAAGCUGCUGCUCGUAAUUUCUCCCGCAAUCAUGCCAUGAGCAUUCAUCUGAACCUGAUUACGAUUAUUGCGACUUUGGUCUAUGGAUGGGGUCUGGCUGGGAGGAUGUCAUUUUCGUAG